AUCUUGAAAAAUCUUCAUCCUUAUUUCUUUUAUCAUAAUAACCCAUCGAUUUAUUUUUUUCGUUGCUUCUGCUCAUUCAUAUUUCCUUCGUAUGUUUACAAUCAACAGGGUCGUGAAUCGGCACCCUGUCCUGCCUAUCCUCCUUGCAUGUUUAGGGUUUUCAGGACUGUGUAUAUCCAUGGUGAGGAUGGAACCAGGCCUCAGCUCAUUUUCACUGGAGAGAUGGUUUUCAGGGGACAAUCAUCAUAGCUUUCUUCAGACUGUUAACAAGGCAACCGUUUCUCAUGCCACCGCCAAGGCCGCCGCCGGUAUGACCAAUAACUCUGAACCACCGGCGGUCGUCGUCCCUCAAAUCCCUAUCAUAUGCCAUAAAACGGGGCCUCUCCCCCACGGGAACCAAUUCUACGCAGAUGACAUCCUUCAUUUCCCUUUCAAGCUCAUACUCAUGCAAGCAAUUUUAAUCAUAACCAUUACCAGGGUGGUUAGAUUCAUUCUCAAACCUCUUAAGCAACCUAAAGUCGUCUCCGAGAUUAUCGGUGGCAUAAUCAUGGGGCCUUCGGUGUUAGGGCGGAAUGCAAAGUUCUCCGCCAUCUUUCUGCCACCAAACGCCCAAUUCGUGGCGAAAAAUCUCGGGCUCAUGGGUUUCAUGUUCUUCCUCUUCCUCAGCGGAGUGAAGAUGGACGUAUCAGUCAUCAAAAAAUCCGGCAAGAAAGAAUGGUUAGUGUGUAUCAUCGGGAUGGUGAUCCCAAUAAUACUUCUAACAGUAGUGUUCAUCUUACUCAAGCCAGCAAUGGACCCAGAGCUGUCCAAGAUAUCCUCCAUCGGAGCCGUCGUCGGCUUGCUCUCCAUCUCUGCAUUCUAUGUCAUCCACCCAAUCCUCCAGGAGAUGAACCUCCUGAGCUCCGAAAUUGGGCGAAUUGCCCUCUCCACCUCGAUCAUCAUCGACGUCAUAGGAAUCAUCUUCCUCGUUGUGUUCGAGGUGAUGAGGCACGCAGAACAUGGCGCUAGGGCAGCUAUAUGGUAUAAUGUUUCUGUAGUGGUGUUGUUGUUGUUCAUGGGAACGACGGUACGUCGGAUGGUGAGGUGGAUCAUUGACAAGCACCAAGUUGGUGAGCCCAUACGUCAAGUUUACAUAGUGGUUCUUGUUCUGGGUUCAAUGGUGGUGGCCUUUUUGUCGGACAUGUUUGGGAUUGGGAUUGCUAAUGGGUCGUUUUGGCUAGGGCUGGUGAUCCCUGACGGACCUCCAUUAGGGUCGACCAUCGUCGAAAGGACCGAGACCUUCAUAUUGCAUCUGUUUAUGCCAUUUUCAUACAUUUUCAUUGGCAUGCUUGUGGAUGUGGUGGCGAUGGUGAGUGCUCCUUGGUCGCUUCUCUACCCGAUUUUCACUAUUGCGUUGAUCGGGUGCGUGGGGAGGUUUUUUGCCAACAUGAUUGCUUCUUUGGUGUUGGAAUUGUCGAUCAAAGAGCGGAUUAGUUUGAGUCUCAUGCUGAGCUUGAGAGGUCAAAUGGAGUUCAUCAUUAUGGUGCAUUGGUUGGACAAAGGGAUAAUAGGGAUCCCAUCAUACUCCAUGUUAAUUUUACUCUCAACAGGCGUAACAUUCAUCGUGACCCCAAUCUUCGGGUCCCUCUACGAUCCUACAAGGCCUUACUUUAUCAGCAAAUGGAGGACCAUUCAACACACACCUCCCAACUCCGAGCUCAAGAUCCUUCUUUGCAUCCAUGAUCACGAAACCCUAGCUGGCCUCCUGAACCUCCUUGAGUUCACCUUCCCCACACAGGCCAGCCCCUUAGACAUCUACGCCCUCCACAUCGUCGACAUGAUCGGUCGAGCCGCCCCGAUCUUCAUCGACCACGCGCAGCAGCGCCUCCCCACAAAGUACGCCAACUCCUACUCCAUCCACAACUCCCUCAGAUUCUACCAGGAGUCCAAACGCGACCUCAUCCAACUCCACUCCUUCACCGCCAUCAUCCCCAAGCGAACCACGUACCAGGACGUUUGCGAGAUGGCGCUCACCAGAAAAUCCGCUCUCAUCAUCAUCCCUUUCCACAAGAAGUGGGUGGAGACCAUGCCAGACGCCGAGUCCGGCACCUUCACCACCACCGUCCUCGCCAAGAUCAUGGACCACGCGCCCUGUUCCGUCGGCGUGCUCAUCCAGAAGGGCGAGUUCCAAAACCCAAUGUUCGCCAUCUCGGACCCUUAUGCCGUGCACCAGUUCAUCGUGAUCUUCACGGGCGGCCCUGACGCGCGUGAGGCGCUGGCGUAUGCGGACAGAAUGGUGAUGAACCCAUACGUGAACAUGAUGGUGAUCCGGUUCCUCGCCGUGAACAACCGCGGCGACGACGAGAUGGAGAGGAAGCUUGACGACGGGAUGCUGCAGUGGUUCAUGGCGAGGAACGAGGCGACACGCCGGAUAGGGUAUCAGGAGAUUGAGGUGAACAACGGGGAGGAGACGCUCGCGUCGAUUCACGCGCUCAAGAAUAUUAACUACGAGAUGUGGAUCGUUGGGAGGGAGCGUGGGAUUAACCCGGUGUUGCUCGAGGGUUUGUCUAACUGGAGUAAUCACGACGAGCUGGGGGUGAUCGGGGAUUAUGUGUCAUCUAGCGAUUUCGGGACGGUGUCGUCGGUUUUGAUUGUACAGCAACAGCUUCUACGAGGGAAAGAACGUAAAAAGCCUAAACUUAGAAGCUUGUCUCUGAAUUACUUUUAGGAUUUUUUUAACUUUUUUUUUAAAUUUGUAAUUCUAAAGUUUAAUGAUAAAUUUUUGGAGUUUGGUUCAUCCAAUUAGACCAUCCGC